UUGCACCGAAUCCGAAAACUUGGACGCCUGGAUUUCAAGAAAAAAAAAGACUGGUCAACAAGUCAUAUCACAAGAAUCAAAGAGGUCAUCGGCUGAUAAAGUUCUGAGCAAACCAAUUCAGUUACAACAGACUUCACUUGUUCAAUUUUGUUCUUCUAGUUCAGAAGAAAAUAGUGAAUCAAAGACAACACCACAAAAACAUGCCUUUGUUAAACUAGAGCUUCCUCAAGCUGACGUAUUUUAUUAUCCUUCGGUCAUAUCUUUAAGAGAAUGCGAUCAAUUCUACUCUGACUUGAGUUUUCUCACUUAUUGGUCUCGCCCAACUUUUAAGAUAUUUGGUCGUCCUUCUUCUGCUCCUCGUCUUACUUGUUCCUUUGGUUCGGAUCCUGACAGAGUUUACCGUUAUUCUGGUACUACCGCUAGAGUGGAUUCUUUAGAGUAUCAUCCUUCUGUUAGGAUACUGAAAGAGAAAAUUGAAUCUAUCUUGAACGUCAAGUUUAAUUUUGUUUUGCUGAAUUGGUAUAAAAAUGGUGAUGAUUACAUAGGAGAACAUUCUGAUGACGAAAGAGAUCUGGUGCGAGACGGUGUUAUCGCCUGCGUUUACUUUGGAAAACGGCUCAUUGAUGGUCAUGAAAGGUGUUACUCAAAAACACUGGAAGCAUUCUAUCCCAAAGGAAAAAAGAAUUACCGGAGGAAGAAUCAGUCUAACAUUCAGACAACUGAAUUGAAAUUCAUGGCAUUGAUUAAUUUCUAG